AUGGCUAGGAAGGAGGAGGAAUUAUGGCUCGUGAAUAGACGACAAGAUAUAGAGAUGGGCGUGAAAAUGAGAUCACGUGUUGAAGAAGAAAAGAGAAGCAAAUUUCAAGUGUAUAGUUUGACAAGACCAAACAGUCCAGCGUAUGAUACAUUACAGAUACACCAGUCUCCUCUCCAAGAAUUUCCACGAAUAUCGUAUAUCAUUAUCAACCAACAAAGAAGGUAG